UGGUUGCGAUUCCACCGCUGACCGCUUCAAUUCGUUGAUCGCUGGGGAAAGGUCUCGCCGCCGGGAACUGCUGAUGGCGAAGAAGCACUCACUUUCUCUCUCGACGGCAGGUUUCGCCGUUGUAAGACCACCGGAGAUUAUCAAUCUCGUUGGCCGAGUCGCUUAAACCAACUGAGAUAGAUGAAAGACCUAGAUUUCUCUCAGACUCGGUGCUCUGUGGGUUAUCCAAACAGAGUAUAGCCAGUGGUCUUCUUGAUUUUUCCUUGGGAAGUGAGAGAGAGAGAGAGAGAGAGAGAGAGAGUAUGGAGAGAUCUCUAGGGAUUUUUUUGUUCGUGGUAAUUGCAAAUUUGGCCAUCAGUCAUCUUGCUCAAGCUCAGAGCCAAGAAGGGUUUAUUAGUUUGGACUGCGGACUACCCGUGAAUGAAGAAUCUCCUUAUGAAGAGGAGUCAACCGGAUUACAGUACACUUCGGACGCAACAGUCAUCCAUAGUGGAAAAACUGAAACUAUCCGAGCAAAUCUGGAGAGUGGUUUCGUGAAGCCCUUAUGGACGCUGAGAUAUUUUCCAGAAGGAAGACGGAACUGCUACAAUCUAAACGUUGAGAAGGGAAGAAAUCAUCUCAUCAGGGCAAGGUUUGCAUAUGGAAACUAUGAUGGUCUUGACAAUGGCCCCAAGUUUGAUCUAUAUCUUGGACCAAAUCUAUGGGCAACUAUAGAUUUGCGCGCAAGUAAUAGUACACGGAAAGAGAUCUUGCACAUCCCAACUUCAAACAAGUUGCAGAUUUGUCUUGUUAGGACUGGGCUGACUACACCGCUCAUUUCAGCCUUGGAAAUACGGCCCAUGGGAAAUGAUUCUUAUAUCAUUGAGUCUGGUUCUCUGGAACUCUUCUUAUAUCGCUACUAUCUAAGCGAAUCUUCAACUGCUUAUAUUAGUUUCCUGGAAGAUGUCUAUGAUCGCCAAUGGAGGCCGUACUUUUUGAAAGAGGAGUGGACUCAGAUAAACACCACUAGCAAAGUGGGAAAUAAUAACGACUAUGAUCCACCAAAAGACGCACUUGCAACUGCAGCCAUACCUACUAAUGCCAGUGAGCCAUUGACGUAUGAAUGGAGUAAUUCGGAUAAUCCUAAUGCCAGUUAUUACUUGUACGCACACUUUGCUGAGAUUCAAGAUUUGCGGGCAAAUGAUACCAGAGAAUUCAACAUCCUAUUUAAUGGACAACAAUACGAUGGCCCUUUGAUUCCUAAAAAGUUAGAGAUAACUACUAUAGUAAAUUCAUCUCCAAGAACUUGCGAUGGAAGGAAAUGUAGUUUUCAGCUGACAAGAACCGACAGAUCAACUCUUCCACCUCUACUUAACGCUCUUGAGGUCUACACAGUUAUUGAGUUUCCACAUUCCGAAACAGAAGAAAGCGACGUGAUUGCUAUAAAGAGUAUCAAAGACGCCUAUAAAUUGAAUAAGAUCGACUGGCAAGGUGAUCCAUGUGUCUCUCAAUACCUUAUGUGGGAUGGUUUAAACUGCAGCAUCAGCACAAAUAUCUCCACACCACCAAGAAUUACUUCUUUAGACUUGUCUUCUACUGGUUUAACCGGAACCAUAGCAGCUGCCAUACAAAAUCUUACGCAACUUGAAAAACUGGAUUUGUCGAAUAAUAAAUUGACUGGAGGAGUGCCGGAGUUUCUAGGCAAUAUGAAAUCAUUGACGGUCAUAAAUUUAAGUGGGAACAAUCUCAAUGGUUCAAUUCCUCAAGCUCUUCAAGAAAAAGGACUAGAGCUAUCUGUUGAAGGAAACCCAAUGCUUUGUGUCUCUGACUCGUGUAGAAAAUCACCUAAAAAGAAAUUUCCUUUGGCGAUUGUUGUUGCAUCAGUUGUUGGUGCAGCCAUUGUCAUUGCUGUACUGGUUCUUUUUCUUGUAAUCAGAAAGAAAAAGUCAACGGUUGUAGAAGGUCUACACCUGCUACCGGGUGCAUCAGCGGUGAAUGCUACAUUUGCUAAUAAGAGCAGCAGAAGGUUCACAUAUUCAGAAGUCGUCAAAAUGACUAAUAACUUUCAAAGAGUGUUAGGUAAAGGAGGGUUCGGCAUGGUGUAUCACGGUUCUGUAAAUGGUUAUGAACAAGUGGCCGUUAAAGUACUCUCUCAAUCUUCAACUCAAGGCUAUAAGGAGUUCAACGCAGAGGUUGAUCUUCUUAUGAGAGUGCACCAUACAAAUUUGGUGAGUCUGGUUGGGUAUUGCUAUGAAGGAGAUCACUUGGCCCUCAUCUAUGAGUUUCUGCCCAAUGGAGACUUAAAACAACAUUUGUCAGGAAAAGGAAGUAGAUCCAUCAUCAACUGGAGUACUCGACUACAAAUAGCUUUGGAGGCAGCACUAGGAUUGGAGUACUUACAUGUUGGAUGCAAACCGCCGAUGGUUCACAGAGAUAUCAAAACUGCCAACAUAUUGCUAGACGAGAAUUUCAAGGCCAAACUCGCUGAUUUUGGGCUCUCAAGAUCUUUUCAAGGUGGAGUUGACUCGGAGGAGUCGACAGUGAUUGCUGGUAGUCGUGGAUACCUUGAUCCCGAAUAUACCCAUUCAGGUCGAUUGGCUGAGAAGAGUGAUGUGUACAGUUUCGGGAUCGUGUUAUUGGAGAUGAUCACAAACCAACCUGUGAUUAACAAUCAAAGCACUGAAAAGUCUCACAUAACACAAUGGGUUGGCUUUCAGAUCACCAAAGGAGAUAUUAUUGAUAUCAUGGAUCCAAACCUUGGCAAUGAUUAUGACGUUAAUUCUGCUUGGAGAGCUCUUGAGCUAGCAAUGUCAUGCGCGAAUCCUUCUUCCUCAAAACGACCAUCCAUGUCUCAGGUCAUUCAAGAGCUAAAAGAGUGUAUUGUGUGUGAAAACCCAAGGAUACAUAACAAUCGAGGCUUGGAAUCUCAAGAAAUGAACGUUAGCUUGGACACCGCGGUGGUUCCCAUGGCAAGAUAGUUUUGAGUGUUGUCCUACUUGUGGUAUUAAUAAGUAAUCAAUAAUAAGUAAUCAAUACUUUACUAGUUACAUAUUUAUGCAAUACUUGUAAUCUAUAGUUAAAAGAGUAUUGAUUAUAGUGUGCAACUGUGUAUGGUCUUAUAGAUAAACUCGAAGUCGACAAUAAGUUCAUUAUGCUUUCAUUGA